AUGGUGUUAUUUUGGUCCUGGGUGCUUGUUACUCUCCUUGCAAUCAGUGACCUUUUGCUUGCAACACCCAAUACUACGGCCUGUGCAGAUACCUGUGCCUCCUUGAGCCAUAUACUUGGAGAAAAAGUGGUAUUUCCAGGAACCAGCAACUUCACCCAAUCAAUUGGGACAUAUUACUCUGCACAGGAAGCCGAACUAACACCCUCGUGUGUUGUUCUUCCCUCUUCUGCUGAAGAUGUAUCACUUUUUAUCAAGAAAUUAUCUUCGGUGAAUCGUGCGGGAUAUGACCCAGGAUAUCCAUCCUGCCCAUUUGCCAUCAAGGGAGGUGGUCAUGCGCCUAGUACUGGAGCUGCGAAUAUCAAUAGGGGCAUCACACUUCAUUUGGGUGCUUUGAGACAAGUAUCGUUGAAUAGUGAUAAGAGUGUUAUAUCCUUAGGCGGCGGAUCUCACUGGGGCGAUGCCUACGAUGUCUUGACCCCAUUGGGUCUUUCAGUGGCUGGAGGACGGAACGGAGAUGUUGGCGUGGCGGGACUGUUAACUGGAGGUGGCAUAUCUUUCUUCACAGCAAGAACUGGCUUCUCAUGUGACAACGUAAAAAACUUCGAGGUUGUUCUGGCAGAUGGUAGCAUUGUUUCUGCCAAUGCCAAAAUGAACCGUGGACUCUGGAAAGCACUUAGAGGUGGAUCCAACAACUUCGGAGUCGUUGUUCGUUUUGACAUACCCACAUUUCCCCAGUCCAACUAUCUAGGCGGUUCAGUCACGUUCCUGGUAUCAUCUUUCGAGGCACAAAUCAAUGCCUUCACAAACCUGACCGCCGCAGAGGUUUUCGAUCCGUAUAUGUCUGUCAUAUUGACAUUCUUCUGGAGUCCUCAAUACGGCUUCCUCAUCUCGAAUAACCUAGCCCACACAAGCAGCAACUCAUCAACCAGCAAUCCUCCUGCCAGCAUUCAACCUUUCUUAAACAUACAGCCGCAACUAUUCAGCACCAUGCGCACAUCAAACGUAUCCGAUUUUAUCAACGAGCUCACACAAUCCGGUGCUCCGCUCGAUGGUUUACGGAAUUCCUAUGCCACCACAACAUUCCAAGCCAACGCCUCGUUCAUGACCGAGAUCUUCCACUUUUGGAAUAGCACUAUGGCUGCAUUAACUACGCUCCCUAGUCUCGCCAGCGCCGGUAUGACUUUCGAGCCAAUCCCCACGGCUAUAACGAGCAAAUCUGAAAGGCUAGGUGGUAACUCCCUCGGGCUCGAUGCUCGGGAUGGCAAUCUGGUGUUGCUCCAGAUUAGUCUCACUUGGACUUCUGCAGCUGAUGAUAAGACUAUGAUGAUGGCCAGCGAGAAAUUGAAUAAUAGGAUUGAUGCUGCGGCUAAGUCAUGGGGUGUUUUUAACAGGUGGAAAUAUCUGAAUUAUGCAGCCCCUUACCAGGAAGUUAUUGAGGGGUAUGGCACUAUUAGUAAAUCACACCUGAGGGCUAUGAGUAAAGUGUAUGAUCCACUAGGGUUCUUUCAGAAGGUUGUGCCAGGGGGUUUCAAGUUAUUUACUUAG